AUGGUGCUGUCAGUCUUCAUCGGAGACUACCUGUGCCAGGGGACAUCUGCAAGAUGGUGCUGUCAGUCUUCAUCGGAGACUGCCUGUGCUUGGGGACAUCUGCAAGAUGGUGCUGUCAGUCUUCAUCGGAGACUACCUGUGCUGGGGGACAUCUGCAAGAUGGUGCUGUCAGUCUUCAUCGGAGACUACCUGUGCUGGGGGACAUCUGCAAGAUGGCUGGCCUGGUAUGACUCAAUAUCUCCAGGUCACUCUCGGCGCCGCCUCCGGCUGGCCUGGUAUGACUCAAUAUCUCCAGGUCACUCUCGGCGCCGCCUCCGGCUGGCCUGCAGCAAAUCAACCAGCUGCUGCUUCUUAGAGCUGCUGCAUAACUCCAAGAGUGAAAGAGCAAGAGAAGUCCCCCUGGAGAAGUCCCUCUGGAGGAGUCCCCCUGGAGGUCUGGAGGAGUCCCCCUGGAGAAGUCCCCCUGGAGAAGUCCCCCUGGAGAAGUCCCCCUGGAGAAGUCCCAAGUCCUCCUGGAGAAGUCCCCCUGGAGAAGUCCCAAGUCCCCCUGGAGAAUUCUCUCAUACUCUAACUGCCCCCCCUUCUCUCUUUGUGUUUCUCUCUCCAGUGGAGAAAUGCAUGAACUCCAUGCAGACAGGGACCCAGAUGGUGAAGCUCCGGGGCGGCUCCAGAGGACUGGUGCGCUACUUUUACCUGGACCAACACAAGUCCUGCAUCCGUUGGCGGCCCUCACGCAAGAAUGAGAAAGCCAAGAUCUCCAUCGACUCCAUCCGAGAGGUGUGCGAGGGUAAGCAGUCUGAGAUCUUCCAGCGCUACUCCGAAGGCAGCUUUGAUCCCAACUGCUGUUUCAGCCUGUACUAUGGGGAGCGCUUGGAGUCCCUGGACUUGGUCUCCAGUACGGGCGAGGAAGCACGCACCUGGAUCACCGGCCUCAAGUACCUGGUGGCGGGCAUCAGCGACGAGGACAGCCUGGCCAAGAGGCAGCGCACCCGUGACCAGUGGCUGAAGCAGACGUUUACGGAGGCAGAUAAGAACGGCGAUGGAAGCCUGAGCAUCAGCGAGGUCUUGCACCUCCUACACAAGCUGAACGUCAACCUGCCCCGCCAGAAAGUCAAGCAAAUGUUUAAGGAGGCAGACACUGAUGACAACCAGGGCACCCUGGGCUUUGAGGAGUUUUGUUCCUUCUACAAGAUGAUGUCGACACGCCGUGACCUCUACCUGCUCAUGCUCACCUACAGCAACCACAUGGACCACCUUGACACCAGCAACCUGGCCCGCUUCCUGGAGCUGGACCAGAAGAUGACGAAGGUGACCAAAGAGCAUUGCAUUGAGAUUGUGAACAAAUUUGAGCCAUGCCCCGAGAACCAGAAGCAAGGGGUUCUGGGUAUUGAUGGUUUCACCAGCUACAUGCGCAGCCCGGAGGGGGACAUUUUCAACCCAGAGCACAAUGUGGUGACCCAGGACAUGUCUCAGCCACUCUGCAACUACUUCAUCGCCUCGUCCCACAACACCUACCUGAUGGGGGACCAGCUCAUGUCCCAGUCCCGCCUCGACAUGUACGCCUGGGUGCUGCAGGCCGGCUGCCGCUGCGUGGAAGUGGACUGCUGGGACGGGCAGGACGGCGAGCCCAUCGUGCACCACGGCUAUACUCUCACCUCCAAGAUCCUCUUCAAAGACGUCAUCGAGACCAUCAACAAGUACGCCUUUGUGAAGAACGACUACCCAGUGAUCCUGUCCAUUGAGAACCACUGCAGCGUCCCCCAGCAGAAGAAGAUGGCCCAGUACCUGGUGGAGGUGAUGGGAGACAAGCUGGACCUCUCGGCCAUCAAGGCAGAUGAACGGGGCCGCCUGCCCUCCCCAGACACCCUCAAAGGGAAGAUCCUCAUCAAGGGAAAGAAACUCCCGUCGAACAUUGACGAAGACAACGAAGAGGGUGACGUGACGGAUGAAGACAGCGCUGACGAGAUGGAGGACGACUGCAAACUGAUAAAUGGCGAUACGUCCAUGACCAGGAAGCAGGUGGAGAACGUGGCUAAGAAGAAGCUGGACAACCUGAUGAAGGAGUCUAAGAUCCGUGACCAGGAGGACCCCGACAGCUUCACCCUCGCUGCUCAGCCCCCAUCGGGAAAGACCACCGACAAGUCACCCUCCAAGGUUAAAGGUGAUGAUGGUGCAGAAAUAGGGGACGAAGCCAACCCCAGCACUAACAAGCGUCUGGGUAGGACCUUCAUGGGCAGCUUCUCUAAACGCAAGAAAAAGGCUGUCAAGCUGAAGAAGACCAACAGCCUUGAAGACAUCGACACAGACCAGGAGAGCACCAGCAGCGCCACCCGGGCCCCCCUGCAUCACAGCAGGAAGAAGACCAUGAAGCUGACCAGGGCUCUGUCAGACCUGGUCAAAUACACCAAGUCAGUGGGCGUCUCCGACAUAGAGAAGCAAGCCGCCAGCUCCAGUUGGCAGGUGUCUUCUCUGAGCGAGACCAAGGCCCACCAGAUCAUGCAGCAGAAAGCUGACACCUUCAUCCACUUCAACCAGCGGCAGCUCUCGCGCGUCUACCCCUCCUCCUACCGUGUGGACUCUUCCAACUUCAAUCCCCAGCCCUUCUGGAAUGCUGGAUGCCACCUGGUGGCGUUGAACUACCAGUCAGAGGGGAGAGUUCUCCAGCUGAACAGAGCCAAGUUCAACAGCAACGGCAACUGUGGCUUCAUCCUGAAGCCGGCCUGUAUGUGUGAAGGUGCCUUUAACCCCAUGAUAGAGGAUCCAUUUCCAGGGCAGAUGAAGAAACAACUGGUGCUGAAGAUCAUCAGUGGGCAACAGCUACCGAAGCCCAAAGACUCUAUGCUGGGGGACAGAGGAGAGAUUAUCGACCCCUUUGUGGAGGUGGAGAUCAUUGGUCUACCGGUGGACUGCUGUAAGGAACAGACCAGGGUGGUGGAUGACAAUGGCUUUAACCCCAUGUGGGAGGAGACGCUGGUGUUCACGCUGCACAUGCCCGAGCUGGCGCUGGUACGUUUCCUGGUGUGGGACCAUGACCCGAUCGGCCAGGACUUCAUUGGCCAGCGCACCAUCGCCUUCAACAGCAUGAUACCAGGUUAUCGCCACGUGUAUUUGGAAGGUAUGGAGGCGGCCUCCAUCUUUGUUCAUGUGUCUGUACAUGACAUCACUGGUAAGGGCAAGGUGUCCAGCGGCAUCAAAGGGCUGUUUCACAGAAACCCAAAGCAGGCUUCUCUCGACAGCCAUGCUGCUGCACAGCUUAGCCAUAAGCACACGUUCGGCGCCCACCUGCUGCGCCGCACGGCCAGCGCGCCCACCAAGGUCCUGCCCAAGGUCAAGGAGGGUUUCCCCGAGAUCGCCACCGACACCAAAGACUACCGCUCAGAAGGCACCAGCGAGGACCGGGAGUUAGAGGACAGCCACCUCAUUGCUUCCUCCCAGCCCCCGCUGCUCCACCAGGGCAACUGGGACACCACGGCCGCCGUUGCCCCCGCCGCAUCACGCCAAGGCACCAACAGGCACCAUGGCACCAACGAGGCUUUCCACCCCGACGAGGGCAAAGACCCUUCCACAGUGCAGAGACCAGCUCCCCCUAUUCGACUGCCUGCACCAAUCGCUGAUGAACUGGGGGACCGCCAUCUCACUCACUCCUCUUCCACUCCAGCAGAGCACUCAUCCACACGUCACUCCCCACCUCCACCGCUCCCUAUAUCCACAGAAAUCACCAUCUUCACCUCAUCCCCGGCUUCUAAGAGUGAGGCGGACAGUCCCGGUCCCGUCAACGGUAGGGGGGAGGAGGGUCCCGUCAACGGUAGAGGGGACUACAAGAGACCACCUGCCCUUCACAGGACUACCUCGGCCCCUGUGACACAUGACCCCAAAGACCUGAAACCCUCACAGUACAGCGGAGACCCCCGGGUCGAUGAUGGCACCUCGUCACCAAUGGGGCACUCUGCAUGCCGAGUGGAAGCACCGUAUACUCAGUCAGGCCACACAAAGGAUGAUGCUGAACUCAAGACUGAGCUAAGUGCAAAGUCCCCUGUUCCUCUCGCCGACCCCUCUGUAGACGCCAGCCCUCUGAAAGUCCAGGCCCUGAGAGCUCUGUUUGGCAGCAGCCCAUUGAACACGCCUGUCAGAAGGACCAAAAUGGAGGGCCACAUGCAGGCGGUGGCUGGGGGGCAGCAGCAGUCAUCAGCCACGCCAGAGAUGUGCACCGACGCCACCCUGAACGACCGGCUGUGGAGCAAGCUGGAGCCCAAGCCAGGCAGCCACAGAGACAGCGUGUCCUCAUCCUCCAGCAUAUCAUCCAACGACACCGUCAUUGACCUGUCUCUGCCCAAUCUGGCCAGGAAGAGCCUCACCUGUCAGAGCAACGGAACCUCCCCGGGCGACAUCUUUCCGGACCCACCCUCCUGGGUCAACCGGCCACGCUCUGCCAUAGCCUCCUUCGAGGCGCUGCAGGUCAGCAAGAGCAAGUCCAACCCCAACCUCCUGCAGGGCCACCUGGGGGAACCAGAAGACGAACUGCAACCCAGGCCCCUCUGCUCCCCCAGGGAGCCUCCAGUGGAGUCACCCAGCAGAAUAACCCAGAGGAGGCACACCUGGAGCCGCCUCUACAUGGAAGGGCUGAUGCAUUCCUCCCCUCCAGCCAAGAAGCCCUCUGCUGCCGCAACCAGCCCCCGGGAUACCGUGGCCUCUAUGUCUAAGAGCCUGGGGGACUUGACCUCGGAUGACAUUGCUUGCAACUUUGACAGCAAGUACCGCAGCAUCACCCGCAGCUUCAUCAUUAGGCCUUCCCGGAACGACCUGCAGCAGGGUUACCCUAACCAUAAUCCCCAGAGGCCCCGGCUGCCCAGCGACCUAACUGAGCAGCUGAGGAGGCUGACGGACGUGGAGCCCCUGACAGCUCGCGACUUUGCCCCCCAGGUGCGCCAGGGGCCCCUGGAGGAGCCCCCGCUACGGAGGACGUCGUCCCGGAGCCAGAGCAGGGUGCGCUACAUCGCCAACAGGGCCAAGCAGGCCCAAGAGAGGCAGAGGCUGCAGUGUCUCAACCAGUCCCACCCUGCUAAUGGCGCUGCUAACGCUAGCAUUAGCGGUGGCGGUAGCCCCAUGGAGGAGCGGGGGAACCCGGAGGGGGCGUGCUGCGUAGCCCGGAGCCCCUGCGCUAGCCUGGAUCUGCUGAGCCAGCUCAGCACCCCAGGGCCCCCCAACAGACAGUCCCAGACCUCCCUGAACUCUGACAACAACGAGGUAUUUUUCAUGCUCAAGCUCUGAGAAUCAGACUCCUUUUGGAACUGAGCGUGAGAGAGACAUAGAAGCAUAACUCAUUUAAAAUUCCAUCCAGCUUUCCAGGAAGGUAAAUUGUAAUUUUUAAAGGAAUGACAUUCUGUAUAUCUUGAUAGGAUGCGUUUUUAAAUGUAUUUAAUCAAGGAGAAUCAUGCUACUUCCAGACAGUCACAAGCACAGUUUUACUCUGAUAAAUGUGUUCAUAAACUCACAUUAACUAUGAACACCUAUACACAGCAAAUGCCUAGCAGGUCACAAAAGAUGGACUAGUCAUUUUUACCACAAUGGUCACAACAAACACCAAAUAAUUGCUCAGAAAUAAUAGAAACAGCAAUGAGUUGUAUAAUGAAAGCAUCCUUUACCAAUGCACUCAUUUGUUUGCACCAAAUGAGGAACGGUGGAAUGUGAUUGGAUAAGCAAUGCCUGCCUGACUGUCUAGGUUCACAGUGACUUCCAUGUUUGUAUAUGCCUGACUGUCUAGGUUCACAGUGAAGGCCCAUGUUUGUAUAUGCCUGACUGUCUAGGUUCACAGUGAAGGCCCAUGUUUGUAUAUGCCUGACUGUCUAGGUUCACAGUGAAGGCCCAUGUUUGUAUAUGCCUGACUGUCUAGGUUCACAGUGAAGGCCCAUGUUUGUAUAUGCCUGACUGUCUAGGUUCACAGUGAAGGCCCAUGUUUGUAUAUGCCUGACUGUCUAGGUUCACAGUGAAGGCCCAUGUUUGUAUAUGCCUGACUGUCUAGGUUCAAAGACUUUUAUGUUUCGAGUAUUCAUUGUGAGUUGAGCUGAUCCUAAAGUAGCAAUAGAUGACCAUUAGUGGAGUUUUACUAUUCUCAAACCCUUUUUAAACUUCAAAUUUUAACGAUAUGUAUAUACUGUACUUUUAAAAUGUGUAGAGAUGUUUUUUUUUAAUUUUAUAUUUAUUGAGCCAGUAGUUCUGAAAGUAGCGCUCAUGAGACAAAACUGGUCCUCGAAAAUUGCGUACUACGACACGUGCAGGUAUGUGCAUCACAACUUAGCUUUCUCUUUUGCUCUGCUUUGUGUGUAUCUUGCUAGCUGUCACUCAAACGGCGAGGGGCUGAAGCUCAUUGGCUUGAACUUGAAUUGCUAGGGGGCUGACCCAUGUGGGGGAAAAUUUAGGGAAAAUGGCACCUCUCACCUUCCAGCUUUCAAACUAGAGAUUCCGUGGCUAAUUUGAGGUUAGACAAUAAUUAUUCUCAUAGAUUCUGCAUGUAUGAUUUACAUGUUGACACAUCCAGCCCAAAGCGGGAGGUUUAUAAAAUAUUUACUAGUCGCCAAAGUUCUUGAGCAUGUCUUUGAAUUGAAUAAUAAUCUGCGUUAACUCAUUAUAUAUCACCAGUAGCCCAGCCAUGUGCUAGAAAUAUUUGUAAACAACUUAAACAAGUGUAAUAUAUUGCAGAUUAUGGAUUUAAAAAAGAUUGUUGUUUAGUCAAUGUGGAGUCUUUACUGAAAAGGAUAAGAGUAAAUGGCAACAAUAAUUAUUAUUUUUCCUAAAAAGUCUUAAAUCCAACUUUUUAAAUUUUGUGAGUACAGUGAAGUGUGAUUUGAGUGAGCUGCCAGUGAUUUGGAAAGCUGUACCAUACAAGUUAUUCUACUUCAAGACUCCUGCUACCUGUUUUUUUUAUUUGACUGCAUGUUUUUUAAACACUGUUAUGUACGUCUCUCUUAUAUUAUUAUACAAAAAAACAAGUUUUUUAUAUGGGGAACUGAUAUGUCGACGACUUCUUGUCUUGCUCAGUGUUCAGGCUGUUGAAUGAUGAUUGGUUCCACUGUCUUUGUAGAUACUCAACCAGAUUGACCCCGUUUCCAUGCAUGUUUAGUUGUUCUGUACAGUUUGCACUGCCACGCCAGUUCUCCACAAAACUUUAGGAACAAUAUUGAUGUAAAAACCAGAUGUAAUUAUGAACUGAAUAAAUCUCUCUUGUAUAUU